AUGGUCAUUACUUCAAGUCUGAACGCUGCCCUCAUCCCUGAUGAGAAGAUGGGGUUAACUCAAGUCUAUGUCUCCUGCCACAACUAUAGACAAACCCUCGUAUGCCUCAUUCUCUUUGCUAUUGUAUUCACGGCCAAAGCAAGAGCAAUUUCUUCCGAUCGUAUAGAAGCUGCCCAGAAGUACACGAAAAAGUGGGAACCAAUGGUGAUGGCAAAACCUCAGAUAGGGUCUAGACCUCCCAAGUGUGAAAAAAGAUGCAGUACUUGUGAACAUUGUGAAGCAGUUCAAGUGCCGGUCGUACCUCAACUUCAAAGUCAUAGAAGUCAUUAUUUAUCAGCUAAAGCAACCAUAGUUGUUACUUACUCAUCAAGAGGUGAUGACCUUUCAAAUUACAAACCAAUGUGUUGGAAAUGCAAGUGUGGGGAUUACCUUUACAAUCCAUGA